CUACAGUAAACAAAUACAAACACUCGACGGCUGUUUGGCAGACACAAAAAAGUUGGAAUCUUUCAUGCCGCCUAUACCUUUCUACUAGCAGACUCAUCACCUCUCAGCACCUCAGCAGCAGCAGCCAGUCAACCAGGUGUGGUUCGGGUUGUUUUUUGUCAUUGCGAAAGAGUACCGUUCUUUCAGGCUCUGCGUGUCACCCUAUAGGCUCAGUUCACCAUCCACUUGUUGCGGAAGGAGCGUAGUGCGAGGUGGCAUCUAGCGUACGACGGACUGCUUCGGGUUUCACUCAUGUGACAACAUAUCCGCGGUGAAAGGUCGCAUAAAUUGAGCAAACAGGUUGAAAGUGAAUGGUCAGCAGAAGGUACAGUUCUUACGUGAAUUAAGAAAAAGUAACGGAGAAGAUGCGUUUGUGAAAAAGUAGAGCAGAGGACAUGUUGGGAUUUGGGAUACAGUUUAGUUAAAAAAUUGGAACCAGUUUUAGUUGUCACUAGUAGCUUGUAUUAGAGGUGCCACCUCAUCGAAGUUCAUCGAUAUCAGUUAUAGAGUCCAGCAAACACACAUCAAGUUCUACCUGUGUAGCGCAGGGAAGCGUAACGGACGUAAUACCGAUUGACGAAGAAGAUGCGUCGUAAUCUACGAGUUCUUCUGAAGUACGCCUUCGUCGGGGGCUUUAUCCUACUCUUCCUUACGCUCAUAAUCCGCUCAUUCAACGUGGUCGAUCGGCAGAGCGUCUUCCAGGCACAGCCCUCCCCUCGGCAGGAGCCACUGGUGCAACAUCAGAAGCAGGGAUCCUUCUUCAAUGGGUCCCCGAAAAAUGUACUCCGGAAACAGAUCGAUUGGCACGACUAUCAGUUGAUUGAUUUGGAAAAGAAACGCACCGGUAUCGGAGAGCAUGGCAUUGCUGCCCACCUGGAGAAAAAAGAUGAAGAGAUGAAGGACAAACUGUUCAAAAAGAACGGUUUCAAUGCCGUUCUCAGUGACCUGAUAUCGUUGAACCGUUCACUACCAGAUAUACGGCACAAGGGCUGCAGAGAGAAGAUGUAUUUGAGUGAACUGCCCACGGUUAGUGUGGUGGUUCCAUUCUACAACGAGCAUUGGAGUACAUUGUUGAGAACGGCUUCGAGUGUGUUGCUAAGGUCCCCUCCAGAGCUAAUUAGUGAGAUAAUUCUAGUAGACGAUUGCAGUACUAAGGAGUUUUUGAAAGAUCAACUAGAUCGGUAUGUGGCGGAAAACAUGCCGAAGGUCAAAAUAGUACAUUUACCCGAACGGUCCGGAUUGAUUGCUGCCCGCUUGGCUGGGGCAAAAGUAGCCACUGCGGAUGUAUUGAUUUUCCUCGACUCGCAUACGGAGGCAAACGUAAACUGGCUGCCACCUCUGUUGGAACCGAUCGCAAAAGAUUACAGGACCUGUGUAUGCCCAUUUAUUGACGUAAUCGACUGGGAUAAUUUCGAGUAUCGGGCACAGGAUGAAGGCGCGCGGGGUGCGUUUGAUUGGAAGUUUUACUACAAGAGGUUGCCCCUGUUGCCGAAAGAUUUGGCUAACCCGACGGAACCAUUCGAAAGCCCUGUGAUGGCCGGAGGACUAUUUGCUAUCAGCUCAAAGUUUUUCUGGGAACUUGGUGGAUACGACGAAGGUUUGGACAUAUGGGGCGGUGAACAGUACGAACUGAGCUUCAAAAUUUGGCAAUGUGGUGGGCGGAUGUAUGAUGCACCUUGCUCACGUGUAGGUCACAUCUAUCGAGGGUAUGCUCCUUUCGGUAAUCCCCGGAAGAAAGAUUUCCUGUCACGAAAUUAUAAACGUGUAGCCGAGGUGUGGAUGGACGAAUAUAAAGAGUUUCUCUACAUGCGAGAUAGGAAGAAGUAUGACAAUACCGAUGCGGGAGAUCUUUCGAAACAGUUGGCUAUUCGUGAGAAGUUGCAGUGCAAGCCGUUCAAAUGGUUCAUAGAGAAGGUGGCUUUCGAUUUGAUUGAAAAGUACCCACCGGUAGAGCCGCCGGACUUUGCGAAUGGAGCAAUUCAGUCGGUGUCCACUCCUAACCUAUGCGUCGAUACGAUGAGCCACGGAGAAAAGCAAGCAGUUGGAAUGUUCACCUGUGCUGCGGAUAAAGUUCAACCGCAGCCCAAUCAAUACUUUCAGCUGUCGUGGCAUCGCGAUUUAAGAAUCAAAUUCGGCGAACUUUGCUGGGACGUUUCAGAAAGUAAGCCAAACGCAAAAAUUCUUUUAUUCCACUGCCACGGCGGCCAGGGAAAUCAGCUGUGGCGGUACGAUGUGGAUAACCAAAUGAUCAAACAGGGUAAGAAUAAUCGUUGUCUCGAUAUGGACGCUGGUACAAAAUCGGUUUUCGUGAACCCCUGUAACACCGAAAACCCCAAUCAAAAAUGGAAAUGGGGUUUCGUGAAUAUGACCGCCAUACAAAGCUGGGAGACGUACGGGGCAAAAAUAAUUGACUGAAAGGUGAAGAAGACGAUCAACACGAGCUCAAAUUCAUGUUAUAAAGUAAUCAACAUCACGAAUUGUGAUAAAAGAAGGUCCGGUGAAAAGGAAAAGCUGGAAAUUAGGCUGAGAAGUGAUGCGUUAUUCGAGAACAAAGUGGCUAGUGUUUUUGCUGAACGGAAUUGUUUGAAGUUGUGUGAUAAAUGCGAUAUAAAACGAGUAGCUCAUAUUUUUUCUUUGAGCUGCAUGAUAAGGUAUGGUAGGAGAGCUGAACAAACAACUUGCCAUGAAGACAUUCCCAAACGAAUGGGAAGCCGAAUUAUGAUAAUCACAUCAAACAUAUCUAGUCUGUAAGAUUUUGCUAGCAUUAUUUAACUGCAGUGAUGUAGUAGAACUGAAAUCAACUGUCAGUAAUGCAUUUAAACAAUUGAAAGGCCAUUUUUCUAAAGAACCCAAACGUGUACGAAUGCGGAUUUCGAUACCAUUACUGUGUAUUAAAAGCAAUAAAACAAGUAUUUUUCGUCGAA